GGCUCCAUGGAAGUGGCCAACAAUGUCUCUGAGUUUAUUUUCCUAGGACUUUCCCAAGAUCCUAGAAUGCAGUUGAUGUUCUUUGCCCUUUUCCUCAUCUUCUACAUCGUGAUCAUGGUGGGGAAUUUGCUCAUCCUGCUUACAGUUUCUUCCAAUCACCGGCUCCACACACCCAUGUAUUUCUUCCUCAGUAACCUAUCCUUUGUGGACAUUGCCUAUUCCUCAGCUACGGCACCCAAGAUGAUUGCAGACUUUGUUUCUGAGAAAAAGACAAUUUCCUACUGGGGCUGCAUAACUCAGAUGUUUACUUUCCACUUUUUUGGUUGUGCUGAGAUUUUUGUUUUGACAGUCAUGGCCUUUGACCGGUAUGCUGCCAUCUGCCAACCCCUCCGUUAUACUACCAUCAUGAGUGCCAAUGUUUGUAGUGUGCUGGCAGCUCUGUCCUGGUUGGGGGCCCUGGGUCAUUCCUUCAUCCAGACCCUGCUGACUUUUCAGCUGCCCUACUGCAAUGCCCAGGUCAUAGACCACUACUUCUGUGAUGUCCACCCGGUCCUAAAACUUGCCUGUGCUGAUACUUCCUUGGUAAACAUGUUGGUGAUUGCCAAUAGCGGUCUCAUCUCCCUGGGGUGUUUCCUCAUUCUUCUGGCCUCCUACACAGUCAUUCUAUUUAGUCUUCGAAAACGAUCUGCAGAGAGCAGGCGCAAAGCUCUCUCUACCUGUGGAUCUCAUCUGACAGUGGUAACUUUCUUCUUUGUCCCUUGUAUUUUUAUUUACCUCCGUCCAUCCACUACUUUCCCGCUGGAUAAGGCUGUGUCUGUGUUCUAUACCACCAUCACCCCGAUGUUAAACCCACUCAUCUACACACUGAGGAAUGAGGAUGUAAAAAAUGCCAUGAAAAGACUGUGGAAUCGCAUGUUCUUAAAGGAAAAGCAAAAGGAAUAG